UGUGAAAGAAAUAAAGCCGCCUUGGUAUGGGGAGGUUGAUGGAUUCAAGUUAUCGUGGUUGGAUUAUGAUCUGUCAGUCAGCCUUUUAUCUCCAACCCUAAUUAUUUCUCCUGAGGGUUGAAUGCUGAGGUUGUUGGCGGCUGAGGUUAUUGUGUGAGAUCUGUCGACUGAACAAAAAAAUCAGUACAACCUCAGGGAAUGUGAGGAUGCUCUGCCUAAGUGUGUCAAUGCUUUAGUCAUCUAGCUCUGAAUAGCAGCAAGCUCUGAUCAUGAGAGGAAGCAUCCUUCAAGCAGCAAAGGUGCUUCUUACCUGCUGUCUCCUUCACUCUAGUUUAGCAGUUAAUUGUGGACUAUCUGCAUCUUGUACUCAGCUCUACUUCCUGAAAAAGUCACCAUAGAACCAGGAGAUAUAUCUCUAUAUCACUUCAUCUUGAACAAGGAGACACACUGAAGACGGGAAGCCUGGCAGAUUGGUUUUAAAUCCAGUAAAGCAAAACUUGUGGAUGGAUUUCAUUUGCUUUUGACUUGAAAAUUCCGGUAUCUACAAAAUCCAUAUCCUGAACGAGGUCUGAUAUUGAAAAAUGAAAUCAUUUGACACUCGUCGAGUUUUAGGCUAGGUAAUAUUUUUGGCUUCUCGAAACAGAAAGAUGUUUUUGCUCUCAAAAAACUCGACCAAUUCAGAUGGCAAAAUAAUGGUGAGAAGGUUCCUGGUAACCUUAAGGCCUUUCAGGAUAUUCGUUGCAGGGAUUGGAUUCUUCACCCUCUGUUUUAUAAUGACCUCACUGGGAGGUCAGUUUUCAGGCAAGAGGUUGGGAGAGUCUCCCUUUGGCAUCAGACAAUUAGGCAUCAAACCUGAAGGAAUUGCCUUAGAAUCCCGUGUUGUGCGGAAGAUGACAGAUAUGCUAGAGGUGAUCGUGAAGAGGAUGGAGCCGCUGGCUAAACUGGAGAAUGUGAGCGACUUCAGAAAGCUGGAUGAGCUCAGCUCUGCCAUAAACCGUUUUCAGCCUGCCGGACUGAUGGAGAAGAUUCAAGCGAUAGCACAGAAUGUCUCGAGCCUAGCAGCCAAAGUUGAGCAGCUUCUGCAGAUCAGCCUCACAGCAAGGAAAGACGUGGCUUUCAAUGGGAAAGAAAUGGGAAAAGAUAGCGGUAACAUCCAAUGUGAGAUUCCUAAGGAUCCGCGUUUCCCUGACUGUCCUGGCAAGGUUGAGUGGAUGAGAGCCAGAUGGACCUCUGAUCCCUGCUACGCUUACUACGGCGUUGAUGGCACAGAUUGCUCCUUCCUCACGUAUCUCAGUGAAGUGGAGUGGUUUUGCCCCCCAUUACCAGGGAGGAACCGUACUGCUUUCCUCACCAGGACUGAGCCCAGAGUGCAGCAGCAGGCAGUCUUUCGGGCUGACUUCACACCUCUUCUUGAGCUCAUGGGCAGCGGAAAGGAAUCAUUGAUAUUCAUGAAAAAGCGAAUCCGGAGAUUGUCAAUGCAUUGGAUUUUGGCCUCCCGAAAACUCAAUCAGAAGCUGAAGAUGAACAAGAGUCAGAGGAAGAAGAUUCUGGUUCACUUGGGUUUCUUGACUGAGGAAGCGGGGGAUGUUUUCAGCCCUGUUGUGUCAAAGGGUGGUCCGCUGGGUGAAUUGGUUCAAUGGGCUGAUAUCCUGGCCACUCUCUACGUGCUGGGUCACAGCCUGAAGAUCUCUUCCAGUUUAAGGGAAGUGCAAAGUUUCUUAGGUGUCCCUCCUGGGAGAGGAAGCUGCCCACUGACUGCACCUCUGGCCUUUGACAUUAUUUACACGGAUUACCAUGGACUGCAGCAAAUGAAACAACACAUGGGUCUCUCCUUUAAGAAGUACAAAUGCCACAUUCGAGUGAUCGAUACUUUUGGGACUGAGCCAGCGUACAAUUUUGAGGAUUAUGCAAAUAUCCAUGGAUAUCGCACAAACUGGGGGCAUUGGAAUCUCAACCCAAAGCAGUACAUGACGAUGUUUCCCCAUAGUCCAGACAACUCAUUCAUGGGUUUUGUUGCCGAGAUACUGAACGAUACUGAGAGAGAAGCUCCUCCAUCAAACAAGGUCAGCCAUAUAGCAAUUGUCUAUGGAAAAGACCCUGCGAUGUGGAAGGGAAAGGCAAAGUAUCUUGAAAUUAUCAGCCAGUACAUGGAGAUCCACGCAACGGUUUACUAUGAGACACAUUGGCCACCAGAGUUGCCCGUAUUUGUGAAAAACCACGGCUUGCUUCCUCAACAUGAGCUACAGAGAUUACUGAGGAAAGCAAAGCUCUUCAUCGGGCUGGGUUUCCCGUAUGAAGGUCCUGCCCCUCUGGAAGCCAUUGCCAAUGGGUGCAUUUUCUUGCAGCCCCGGUUCAACCCCCCGCACAACUCCAAAAACAACGAGUUCUUCAGAGGAAAACCCACAUCACGAGAGGUCUCCUCUCAGCAUCCUUACACUGAGCACUUUAUUGGAAAACCACAUGUCUGGACUGUAAACUUCAACAACACUGAAGAACUAGCUUCUGUUGUCAGAACAAUUUUAGCAACCGAGGUUGAACCUUAUCUUCCAUAUGAAUUUACUUGUGAAGGGAUGUUGGAGCGAGUCCAUUCUUACAUCCAGUACCAGGAUCUGUGUAAUAAAAUAUUUCUGUCAUGGCCUCAGAAUAAUUCAAGACCUAUGUCAUCCUCGCCUAACACUACAAACCCGUUCACCCUCCUUCAAAAUAUCACUGGGCUUCUCUGGGCUCCAAACAGCACCAAACCACUCUCUUGGCCUCCAGUUGACUCCAUGCAGUUACACAUGUCAGAGACUUCGCAGUCUUGCACAGACGUCUGCCGAGAUCAUGGACUCAUAUGUGAACCAACAUUCUUCCAGUUUGUCAACAGCAAAGCUGUUUUCCAGCAGCUCAAGUUUGUCUGUGACAGCAUUGAGUCUGAGGCAAACCAUCUGUAUCCCGCCUUUGAGGAAAUAGCCCAGGACUGUUACCUACAGAAGGAGGUGCUACUCUUCAGCUGUGCGGGCCAUCACCUGAAGUACAGGCGUCUCUGUCCCUGCCGAGACUUUCGCAAAGAGCAGGUGGCACUGUGUAAAGGUUGCUUGUGAGGUUUGAAGCUAGUUGGGUGAAUUGUUCUUGACAGAAGAAUAAUUCCUUGUGAAGGCUGCGUAAUGAGGAAUUAAGCCUACUCUGAUGACUCAUAGACUCAUGUGUGCUUCCACCCAAUAUAAUAAAACAUCAGAUUUUUCCGUGUGCAAGGAGAAAUUCAGAAACAAAUCGGGGACAUUCUCCACCUGUGUUGGCAAAACUAGGUGCCAUGUUGUAAGCCAACAUAAACAGGUUAUUCUCAUCCUGCGAGAUACUGUAAUAAGGUUCUUUACAUGUAACUCUGUGUUUUUUUUUUGCAUGAACAAUGAGAAGCAAUUUCCACCUUCAAAUUGCAAUUUCAAUUUAAGAAAAGCAAUUUCUUAUUGAAGUGAUAUUCUGAAAUGCAGCCGUGUGCAACUGAAGAUUCAAUUCAAGGAUUCAACAAUUUGGGGAUGUAGGAUCAAAUCUUCUCAUUGAAGGAUUAAUAACAGUAAUUUAAGAUAUCCAAUCCAUUUGGGUUUUUUUUUAAUUGUAUUCGGUGCACAAUGUUAAUGAAACUAGCAGGAUGUUUGCAUUGCACCAAAUGUGGUUAAAAGCACAGGAUAAAGCAGGGUUGAGUCUGUAAGAAUCAUGCUGGAAUCCUACAUCUGAGGCCACCUUGAAAAGAGGGGUUUCAAGAGCAGUUGGUGACAGAGUAGCAGUGUAGUUUUGGACAUGGAGAUACAAGAAUGUUUUCCCGUGGUCCAAUAGACAGCCUGGGAACUUUCGAGCAAACAUAUUAAAGCGUAACACCCAAUUUCAGAUCUCAGCUGUUAGUUUAUUCAACUACGCCAACGCAAUGCGGAGGAAAUAUAAAUCAAGCUUCCCCUGAACAUCACUCUAAGCUGAAAGUGCUCACGUCACUCCCAGCGAUGGAACUGUAGCGAUAGGAUUUCGUACUAUUUUGUCAAACCAGUAAAACAACAUGCAACUGCAUGCCUCAAGGACUUGAGGAGACUCCGUUUAAUUUCUACUCUGUACAUACCCAAUAGUUGUGUGGUUAUUUGAGGGAAAUGUUUAAUAGAUAUUAUUAACAUGGUUGGGUUAACAACGUAAUCUCAGCUGCUGUGUCUGUACUAUCUUUACACUGGAUAUUCUAUUGGAAUUUUCAAAAAUAUGAAAUAAAUGUGAAACACUCCGUAAAUUGGCCAAAUA